AUGGCGGACCCUCAAUCGCAAACGCGAGGUGCAAUCUGCUCUCUCGACGAGUUCCUCCAAGUCUCCUAUGACUAUCUCAUUGUGGGCGGUGGCACGGCCGGUCUCACCCUCGCCGCUCGAUUGAGUGAGGAUCCUUUGGUCAACGUGGGUGUCAUUGAAGCCGGGAAAGACCAAACGAGAAAUGAGUUCGUUCGCACCCCUGCGAUGUUUCCGCAGAUUCUGGGAGUUCCCGAGUACGAUUGGAUGCUGGAGACUGUGCCUCAGAAAGCAAAUGGCAACAAAGUUCAUGCUAUGACUCGGGGCAAGAUGCUUGGGGGGUCCAGUGCAACCAACGGCAUGAUGUAUGUUCGUGGAUCCAAGCAAGACUACGACGACUGGUCGGCGUUUGGGAAAGAGUGGUCGUGGUCCUCUGUCGCCCCGUACUUCAGAAAGCACGAGUCGAUCGAGGACAACAGGGCCGGAGAACCCGGUGACUUUACUUUUUUGAAUUUCGGAAAAUCAUCACACGGACAAUCUGGACCUGUCUCCACGAGUUUCAACGAUUGGAGAAACCCGUUAGAGCGCUACUUCAUUGAAGCUGCCAAGACAGCCUCCGGAAUGUCGAAUAGCCCGACUGAUCCGUGGGGAGGGGAUCAUUUGGGCUUCUUUUCUUCCUUGUUGACCGUGGACCGGAGCAAGGAUAAAGGCACGCGUAGUUAUGCAGCGAGUGCCUACUUGCUACCAAACAUUUCUCGGCCAAACCUGAAGGUCCUGACUGAGGCGCUUGCAUUGAACGUGAUUCUCGAGGAAAACUCUGCGCAGGGCGUCCGUAUUUCGCACACGCGUCGAGAAUAUGACAUCCGGGCCACAAGAGAGGUGCUUCUCUGCUGUGGCACGUACAAGUCCCCCCAACUGCUUGAGUUGUCCGGAAUCGGCAAUCCGUCUAUUCUAAGAUCCGCUGGAGUUGAAUGUGUCGUGCCCUUACCGGGGGUUGGUGAAUGUUUACAAGACCACGUUCUCUCGGCAACAGUGUACGAGCUCAAAGAGGGGACGACAUCCUUUGAUUCCCUUCGGAAACCAGAAGUUCUCCAACAGCAUUUGGAUCUAUACUCCAAAGAGAAUUGUGGUAUCCUGGCAGCAGGAACCAGCUGCAUGGGAUUUCUCCCCUACUCAUCUCUAGCCUCACCACACGAACUCGCGACGACCUGCGAGAAGGUUCAGCGAACCCCCAAGGCAACUCCCUUCCAGCAACGCCAGCUGGAGCAGGUUGCAGCCCAUUUUCAAAGCCCUUCGUCUGCGAAUAUCCAAUUUAUCAUGUUCCAAGGCACCAUGAAUAUCGAGGAAGUGGUCCAGGACCAGGGGAAGUUUGGAAAACCCGGCUCUCCAACCGAUCCCGAUGGCUUCACUAUCGUCACUUGUCUGCAGUAUCCGGCCUCGCGAGGAACCGUCCACAUUAUCAGUUCAGAUCCGACAAAGAAUCCCGCAGUGGAUCCGGCGUAUCUCACGAAUGAAGCGGACGUUGAUGUUCUCGCCGCGGGUAUGGAAUUUUGCGAUAAGAUUGUCAAUUCCGCGCCGCUGAAAGACAAGAUCCAACGGCGCGCGCACCCGGCGCCAAGCGUGCAACUCGGAGAUAGGGAGCAGGCCAAGGCAGCAGUGAGAGACUUCUGUAUGACGGAGUAUCAUCCAUGCGGGACGUGCGCUAUCGGUCAGGUUGUAGACGAGAGACUGAGAGUAAACGGAGUGAAAGGAUUGCGGGUUGUUGAUGCCAGCGUUUUCCCAGGGAAUGUGCCACUGGGAAAAUAUCAGAUACUCCUGCGGGUGCGUCGCCGCCACGCGAUCUUCGUCCAGUGUGAAGCGAAGCAGCGCACAACCGCGCGCCGUCAUCCACUGCAGAAUGACCACGUCGAUGAACGCAACUACUACUGCUACAAUCAUUUGGUUGACCCAAAGGCUGGGGCUACUGUCUUCACGAUUCGCCGCGUCGCCUGGUCCCCACACUGGGCGAGCUAA